AUGGGCAAAUCAAUGCUGGUAUUACUGGCAGGAGCUAACACUGAAUCUAUCGGCGAUUUGCUGGAAAGAAUUUUCACGAUGCUGUGCAAGUAUUACCGAAUUGUUCUGUUAUUUUCCCUUUCUGCAAUUUCAGAUACGAUUGUUGAAAUUGUUUUGAAGCAUACAGUUCAUGUUUUGAAUGCCUGGAAAUCAUUGGAGGGUUGGAUUGAUAGCAUUUUUAAUUUGAAGCAGGUAAUCAUUCUACCAUUCAAAGCGCAAUUAAUGCAGUUAUGUACAAUACAAAACGAUAUUGGGAUAUCGCUAGUUCGUGCACUAUUGCCUAUAAUUGUUCUUCGUCCUGAACUCGUCUCCAUCAUAUUAAAUCAAGAUAUUGGGAUAUCGUUGGUUCGUGCACUGUUGCCUAUAAUUGUUCUUCGUCCUGAACUCGUCUCCAUCAUAUUAAAUCAAGUAAAGCAGCAUGUGCUUUGUGAUUCCACCGUUCCAAUUGCUCUGCCCACUUUGCUGCUUUUGUUGCGAUCUUCGACGAUGCGCUCAGCGAUGAGAAAUGAUUAUUACAGUCAAUCGUUUGCCACAUUUUCAACUCAGGCUCUACAGAACAUGGGCGUUGAUACGAAGAAUACGAAUGUGGAAGUAUCGCUGGAGAUUAUUGGCAUCCUCAAACGAACGCUUUCUCAGCCAGCUAACGUCAAAAUUAUUUUAUACAGAGGAAUUGUUGAAGCGGCCUAUGCAAACCAAAAUUUAUUGGACAAGCUUGCUGAUUUCUCGAUGAGUGCUGCUGGUCGAACGAAUUUGUGUUUUGCAUCAAUGAUGAAUUCGCUGUAUGAUGCACUGAUCGAGCACCUAUGGCAUGUUGGCUAUGUGCUGUCCAAGUACCAUUUUUUACUAUCAGUGUUUUAUCUGAAAGUAUUACUAAAAAUAGUUGUCUUGAGAAGUUAA